CCGGAUCCUCCGCUCGGCUCUAAGGAGGAGGAAUAUCUCUUUAGGAGGAGCGCUGAUUGGACCUCAGUGCUCGGUUGAAGGGCAGCUAAAGCGGAAGAGGAGCAGCGGGCCGGUGGCUGUGUGAUGUCCGGGUUGGGCGCUGUGUGUUUGGGGGUCAGUGAGCGGCUGCUCCGCGGGGCUCGGUUUAAUCUGCCGCGGGUUUCUGCGGCUCUGACCUGCAGGAGCCUGAGUGAGGGUCCGGCUCAGCGGAGCAGCGAGCCGGGGGGAUAUUACGUCACCACCCCGAUCUUCUACGUGAACGCGGCCCCUCACCUGGGCCAUGUGCACUCUGCAGUACUGGCGGACUGUCUGCACCGACUGCGCGCGCUGCAGGGCCUCCGCUGCAGGUUCUCCACCGGUACAGAUGAGCACGGUCUUAAGAUCCAGCAGGCAGCGGCUGCGGCAGGGAAAGACCCCCUGAGCUUCUGUACUGAGGUCUCAGACAGGUUUAAGGAGGUGUUCGGAAGCUUUAGCAUCUCAUACACUGACUAUGUGCGGACCACGGAGGAGAGGCACCGGCGGGCAGUGGAGCACUUCUGGAGUGUGCUCCUCAACAACGGCUUCAUCUAUAAAGGGAGCUAUGAAGGCUGGUACUCCACACCAGACGAGAGCUUUCUCACACCAACGCAGGUUACAGACAGCACUGACUCUCUGGGAAGAGAGAUUAAAGUCUCCACAGAGAGCGGGCAUAAGGUGGAGUGGAUGAAGGAGGACAACUACUUGUUCCGCCUCUCUGAUUUCCGAACUCAGCUGCAGGACUGGCUGAAGUCCAACCCCAAAGCCAUUCAGCCUGAAAAGUUCUACCACAUCGUCCUGCAGUGGCUGGAGAACGAUCUACCGGAUUUAUCAGUUUCUCGACAGAGGAGCCGUCUGCAGUGGGGGAUUCCGGUUCCUGGGGAUCCUGAGCAAACGAUCUACGUGUGGUUGGACGCAUUGGUAAAUUAUCUGACUGUUGUUGGCUAUCCGGAGGAGCACUCUGAUUGGUGGAGUGUUGCGCAUCAUGUUGUAGGUAAAGACAUAUUGAAAUUCCAUGCUGUCUAUUGGCCGGCGUUUCUGUUGGCUGCAGGACUGCCCCUUCCUCGGUCGAUAUACGUGCACUCCCACUGGACAGUGCAGGGAAAGAAGAUGUCCAAGAGUGUUGGAAACGUGGUGGAUCCAUUUGAAAGGUCAAAAAAGUUCACAGUGGAUGGCCUGAGAUACUUUCUUCUGCGGCAAGGCGUUCCAGACACGGACUGCGAUUACGGUGAUGACAAAGUGCUGAAAUUGUGCAACAGCGAACUGGCUGAUUCUCUUGGGGGUCUUCUCAAUCGAUGCACCGCGCCCUCUCUGAACCCAGAACAGACCUAUCCUCAGUUCUGUAAUGCUUCUUUCCCAAAAGAUUCGAAUAAACCCACUGGAAGAGCUGUGUCGGAGGAUUACAGAAUGAUCAAGGCCGUGUCAGAGCUUCCUUCUUUAGUGAAGGAGAACUUUGAGAACCUACACGUGUACAAAGCACUGGAGGCCAUUAGCGGCUGCGUUCGCCUGACCAACGGCUUCAUCCAGAGACACGCUCCAUGGAAGCUUAACUGUGGAGAAACCGAGGACAGACUCUGGCAUCAGACAAUACUUCACGUGUCCAUGGAGUGUCUGCGGAUCUACAGCAUCCUCCUGCAGCCGGCUGUGCCAGAACUGGCUGAUAAGAUCCUGUCCAGGUUAGGGGUGAGGUCUGAUGAAAGGAGCUGGGAUCAUGCAUGUAAUUUUCUGCCAAAGUACGAAGGAAGAGAUUGCCCGUAUGAGAGAAGACCACUAGGACCAGACACUGGAGUACUAUUUAAUCGCCUAGAGAGGAAUGAGAAACAAGUGGAGACCAGAAAACUUGGGAAACUAAAAAAAGACAAGACCUCAUUAAAGACUCAGAACAUGUUCUAGUAAUUGAGCACUAGAGGGAGACAGACUUCAGUGUUUUAUAUAUUUUUUUAAGACUACUGUAUGUCCAAAUGUUUUUGGACAGAUACCCCUUGUAACUGCUGCUUUCAGAUACUUCAUUUUGGUGAAAUAGAUAGAUAAUAAAGUAUUGCCAAUAAAAUAGGGCACUCUGGAGUAGAUGAAAAUGAUCCUGUGGGCAUUGGAAGCUAAGUGCUAAGUCCUUCAGUAUUGAGCAGUGUAGUGUGUUCUCUGUAAGGCUGAACAAUAAUUCAGUAUCUUCUAAUAUAUUCAAUAGCUUUAAACUUAUCUUCUAAUUGGGCACGGUGGCUUAGUGGCUUAGUGUCUGUGCGUGGGUUUACUCAGGAGACUCCGGCUUCCUCUCACAGUCCAAAAACAUGGAGAUCAGGUAAAUUGGAUAUUCUGAAUUGCCAAUAAAAUUGUGUGAAUGUGUGGACGGCCAUUCCUGUUGAGAGUAUGCUGUGCAUAAUUGGCUGCCGCUUCUUACAGGUGUGUGUUGAGUGUGUUAUUAUAUAGUAAUUAAGGAAGUAAAAAUUGCAGAAAAAAUGCUGGUUUCAAUAAUAGAGAAUUUUUUUUUCGAAACAUGUUUUUGAUGUUUUACUAUACAUUAUUUAAAGCAUAUGUUACUGACUGUCCUGAACUGCUGGGCACACUACAUGAAUCGUUCAGUUUAUAGCUACAUACGUCCUGUGUGGGCUUUUUUUGCUUUUGUGGUUCUGUGGCUUUCAUUUUUUUUUAUAUCUGCAUUGUGUUGUCUCGACCAGAAUUAAUAAAUAUAUUCAUUCAUAAUUGUUGGCCGUAUCGUCCAGCUCUAGUUCUCUGGAACAAUGGAGCUCCAUCCAGUACAGUUGGGAUGAGCUGCUGAUCAUCCACCAGCCUGACCUUACUUAAAGGGGACACUAAACCCCUGAUUUUUGCUGACUCCAUCCUCAGCUCAAACUUUAAUUUCUGGUUGCUUUGUUUAGUAAGUACAUGUAUAAUCACGGUCAGAAUGAAACCUCUCGUAUACAAAAAUGUGAACUUCUCAUGAAACAUGAAACAUUUUAGAAAUUCUGAUCUAUUGCAAGUGGUACAUUCUCAAUGUUAAAAACUGCUGUCAUUUCCAAGAACAAUGUAGGAUUAAUUAUUAUCAAUACAUAUUGUACUAAGAGCCAUGAACAAUUCUUGGGUAUAAAACAUCAUGAAUCUGCAGUGGACUCAAUUAGUACUUUUAUAUAUUUUACACCUAACUCUUAAGUUCCUGAUAAAUGCCUUAAGUCAGUUACUCUCAAACUGUGGUUUCACUUGUAAUAAAAGAAGUGUCCCAUAGGUGUACACCAGAAGACCUCAGAAUAUAUUUACUCCAGCCACUAAAGCAUAAUGACAAAUACUGCAAGCUGUCAGGUCAUUUUCCUAACAUUUAUAUUAUUUGUGGCUAUUGCUUAACCUGUUAUGAUGCUGUAUGGUAAAACCCACACUUUACUCUAACAACCACAGUACUGUAAUUAUUAACAUUAGUCUCACAGGCCCUACAGUAGAACCCUGUGGAGCUCCUCAAGAUAUACCAAACCAACUUGUUACCAAAAAAUCCUGCAGUGUUCCUCUGUCUCAAGCCUUCCAAAAUCCCUCAUUAGGUGCACUCACUGCAUUGAUUAAAAACAAUCAAAUAUAACCAUCUUACCAUGCUAUCCUGCAGAUGGCAAAAGCAGGCAGGCUCCACACAAUUGACAAAAGAGAUAAACAUGUAUGAUGUUCUUGUGAAAUGGUCUAUAAGGUGGUGCUUGUGAUCUUAAAAGUUUAAGAUCUAUUGCAUUAAGUGAGUCAUUUCAAAUAAUUAUAAUUUGUGAACUUUUCUGUAAUGAAUAAAGACAAUACCUGAUUUCUCAAGGGCUUAAAUGUCUGAUAUUAGUAAAUGAAACCCAGUGUAUGAACUUUUUUCUUAGGAUAGCUUUUUUCUAUCCAAACUCACAGGAUGCUAUCCAAACAAAGUGGGACUAGAGCUAAUGUUUGGGAAGCUGCAGGGUACCACUGUUGCUUGCUGGAGGCAGGGUUCAUACACUUUUCAACCAAUACAUUUUCAUGACUUUUCCAUGCCUUCGCAGCCAAUUUAAAUGACCAUAUGAUCUUUAAAACAUCAGUAAAUACAUUUAACUUAAAAGCCAUGUAAAAUCUGGUUAUUGUAGGCCCAUAUCUCACCUAAAAUUAAUUGAAAACACUUUAAAAUGUCACAUUUUACUAGCUAAAUGACAUUUUUGCAUAUUUUGCAUGUCUCUCCCUUGUAAGUGAAUGAAGCCAGACAGCUUUAAAUCAGCAUUUUUCUCUCACUGUGUGAAUUUACACAUUUUUAAAGCUGAAACUCCAAGUCUGAAUAAUACCCAUAUAGAAAGCUAGCUAAUGCGAAAAGAUGUGAUGGAUUUACCCAAAAAUUCAACUAUUUUUUAAAACCAAUACAGAAUAUCAAAGUCAUUAAACAAACAUUUUUUUCAAACUGGGUAUUUUUCUUUUUCCAAAAUGUAUCCAGGCCUGGAAAUUGCUGGAAAUGUUCAAGCUCCAUGACUUUUCCAGGUUUUUCAUGACCGUACGAACCCUGUGGAGGUGUAAACCAUCUGAGGUCAGACUUGUAAGGCAUAAAAAUAUGAUAUAUAAUAAGGUAUAUAAUUACCUUUUUUUUUGUACCUAGGAUUUUGCACAUUUUAAACUGCUCACAAUUUGAGACAAGAUAUAAAAAGUGUCAUGACUUUUUUUUAAUGAGAAUACACGAAACUGAAAAAUUGUACAAAGUGAAAUAAAAUUAAAAAAUUGCAUUAUUCUUAUUUCUUGUACUUUUUUUUUUUUUACAUAAACUUCCAUCAUCACUCUCCCUAAUGACAAGUUCACAGCACAACCCUUCAGAGGAUUAGGAAUUACACAUUGUGGUUUAAUUCUUGAACAGAAACAGCACUGUGGUCAGAUUACUGAUCAUCAAGGAAUCUUCUAGGCCCAAAGCCUCUCUAUGCCACUGGUCUUCAAGGCUCUCGGACCCGUACAGCAUCAGUCCUGAAUUCACCACAGUCCGUUUCAGAAGGGCUGCAUCCACUACUCACACAGGACGCCAUACAGGACUCGGUCAUACCACUAGUAGAAGGAGUUGGAGUUCUGUCCCGGUUGUGUGCCUGUGGGGAAAUAGAUUCACUUAUCAGCAAAACUAAUCACAAAUAAAGAUUAAUACAUAAUCUAUAUAAAAACACAUAUAAUUUAUAUUUUAAAAUGCUGAUUAUGCAAAUAUAGCACAGAGGAGAGGUGAUAUGAUAAUGCUCUAUUUACAAUUUUUUUUUUUCUUACAUAAUGUAAAUCUUUAAAUUGUAUACAAAAAAAAUCAUGAUUAAUAAACCAAUGGAAUAAUAUCUUUUUA